AUGAGCCUCCCAUGUCGGAGCUCGGUCACACCAACAGCAUCUACAGCAGCCUGAGUGAGUCCUCCCCAGCCAUGGGGGGCCGCCAAGGAGGCAACAACAACAACUCCUUCCCUCUGGAGCAUGGCUUGCUUCCUUCCCAGGACCAGUUUCAUGAUAUCCGGUCCAGCAGCCCCUACGGCCUCCCCCAAUCACCCGGGUCACUUCAUGCGCUCCCGAGACAUCAGCCUCUCAUCUCCAGCCUUGUCUACCCUGACUCAGGCCUUUCCAUCAUGACCCAGAGCGGUGGACCCGGUAUCAACCCUGCUGUAAGGGGUUCCAUAGGAGCAGCCAACGGGCCCAGCUCAGACCUGUCCACCGGCAGCAGCGGUGGGUACCCAGAUUUUCCUGCUAGUCCUGCAUCCUGGUUAGAUGAGGUGGACCAUGGACAGUUUUGAUUGGUCCACAGAGACUCAAAUCAUUUACUUACUUUCUUUUCAGUGUCUUCUGUUGGGUUCAAGAAAUACAACACAAUUCCUCAUUUCAAAACUAAAGGCCUACCACGAGUUUUUCUGU